AUGGACCCAAUGUUCAACAUCAACUUUCAGUCAGCAACGAUGAUGAUGCCAGAAUUCCCUCCUGUUCAAGGCCAAAAGCCAACCCCAUAUGAUAAGAAAAAGGACCCAAAUCAUGUCAAGCGCCCCAUGAACUCAUUCAUGGUGUUCUCUCAAGCGGAGCGAAAGAAAAUCACCAUGGCUCAGCCGCAUCUUCACAACGCUGUUAUCAGUCAGCAGUUAUCCAAGAAGUGGAAGGACAUGACGCCAGAGGAGAAGGAUCCGUAUGUCAAGGAAGCGGAUAAGUUGAAGAUGGAGCAUGCAUUGCAAAACCCUGGAUACAAGUACCAACCACGUCGUAAACUCAAGGGUGUACCAUCAAAGAGUACAGUAUCUGAUGAAAAUAGCGAGGGAAAAAAGGCCACCCCACAACGAAAAAAUGCUCAACCAAUGGCACAGAUUCAACAGUACCCAGGAUCCUCAAAUCAAAUGUCGUUCCCGAUGCAGUCGUUCGGAUUCUAUGGCCACCAACCACAUACUCAGAAUCCACAAGGACAAAUACAUGGAGGUGGACACCCAUACUUCAAUCACGGAUUGGCUCCAAUGGUUGAUCAGAUGACUAAUAACUACUACGACUUCUCUUCUCAACAGAACUAUCAGCAUGAUUACACUAUGUACGCGCCAAUUCAGAAUCGCACGUCUUCUAACGAGUCUUCUGAAUCCUGGAACACCACCACCAGCUCAUUAAUGCCAACGUCUUCUGAAUCUCGUGCUCCAUCUGCACUCACCGUUGAUGAGUUCCCGGGAAUCAACGCGGGAUUCGUCUUCCCAAAAUACGAGUUCUAA